CACAGCCUCUGAGCCAUCUGGAUGCCUCCUGGAGGGGGAAGGAGGUACACACUGGAACUGGGGUGAAUGCAGGGUCCUUCCUGAGGUCAGUGCCAUCUUCAUACAGGGACAUUGUCGUAAGAAUGCCCUGGGGAUCCAGGUGGUAAAGCUCAUAUCUCUACAACUCCACUUCUGGCUCUGGGUUCUAAGAAAUGAGAGGGCAACUGAUGAGACAACAACAGCCCAUUCUGCUUGUGGCUUUUUUUUUUUUUUUCUUUUGAGACAGGAUCUUGAUAUGUAGCCCAGGGUGGUCUAGAACUUGACCCCUUCCUGCCUCAGCCUCCUGAGCGCUGAGGCUACUUGUGUGCACCAUAACAUCUGGGUCCCUUUUCUUUCUCCAGAGGUGGAACUCUGGGCUUCGUGCAUGCUGGGCAGGCAGGUGUAUAACUUGCUGAGCCCCAUCUCUCCAGCCCCUGUUUUUUAAAAGAACAAACAUAAAAAAAGCCAGAGAGAGAAGAACUGGUAGCAACACGGAAGAGCCUGCUUUUACACUGAUGUCCUUCAGGCCUCGUUGUGUGGAGCUCGGACCCUCUAGGAGUGCUGGCGAAGGACCCAUAAGCCUGCUAUAUCUGAUCUGCGGAAUUGAUAGGAGCUGGCCAGUGUGGCACAGAGAGAGACCGGAGUCCUUCCCAUUUCCUACGCUGUCCAUGGAUUUUGUUGCUGGGGCCAUUGGAGGAGUCUGCGGUGUUGCUGUGGGCUACCCUCUGGAUACAGUGAAGGUCAGGAUCCAGACUGAGAUCAAGUACACAAGCAUCUGGCAUUGCAUCAGGGACACAUAUCGUCAAGAGCGGGUGUGGGGGUUCUACCGGGGCCUCUCACUGCCUGUGUGCACGGUGUCCCUGGUGUCAUCUGUAUCUUUCGGCACCUACCACCACUGCCUGGCUCACCUUUGCCGCUUCCGGUACGGCAGCACUGACGCCAAGCCCACCAAGGCCGAUAUCACGCUCUCAGGAUGUGUUUCUGGCCUUGUCCGGGUGUUCUUGACAUCGCCCACUGAGGUGGCCAAGGUCCGCCUUCAGACACAGGCCCAAGCUCAGACACAGCAGCGGCGGCCCUCAGCCACCUGGACAUCAAUGGCCCCUGCUCUGUGUCCUGCUCCUGCUGCGUGUCUGGAGCCCAGGCCCGCAUACCGUGGACCGCUGCACUGUUUAGUCACAGUGGCCCGAGAAGAGGGACUUCGGGGACUCUACAAGGGCAGCUCAGCUCUGCUCCUUCGUGAAGGUCACUCCUUUGCCACUUACUUUCUCUCCUAUGCCAUGCUCUGUGAGUGGCUCACCCCUGCUGGCCAUAGCCGGCCAGAUGUCCUAGGUGUGCUGGUGGCUGGAGGCUGUGCUGGGGUCCUGGCCUGGGCCGUGGCCACCCCCAUGGAUGUGAUCAAGUCACGCCUGCAGGCGGACGGGCAGGGCCAGCAGCGCUACCGGGGCCUCCUGCACUGUGUGGUGACCAGUGUGAGGGAGGAGGGCCCCAGGGUGCUCUUCAAGGGGCUGACACUCAACUGCUGCCGUGCCUUUCCUGUCAACAUGGUGGUCUUUGUGGCCUAUGAGGCUGUGCUUCGGCUCACUCGGCGAUUGUGCACAUAGGGGCCACCAGUCAGUAGCAGCCAGUCUCAGCAGCUGGAGGCAUGGUGGGUUUAGGACCCCACAGGGCUGUCACUGGGACAGCAGAGGGCCUUCUGUGCAGUGACUUAGGUGAGGCCUGCCAAGCUGCUGACCAUAAAGUCACGAGUCAAGGUUGUGUAGGUUUCCUGGACGAGAACCUGUCACUUGGAGUCAUUUGUCACCGAGCGACUGUUCAUUCUUGAGUGUACUAGCUUGUCUACACCCAUGGCUUCAGAGCGUACCCUCACCAGCACCAAGUGCUCGCCAACCACAGUUCCAGUCAACUUCCACGGAUUCACGCUGUCCUCUUAAGAGACAAGUGAGGGACCAGACGGCAAGCUGAGCCAUCUGGCUACAGGCUGGGCUUGUCCCGUCUUAGGCUGUCCUCACUGGCUGAGGAACUGGUGUGGUGCCUCACUGGGUACCCACAGUCACACUGCUUGCCACACGAAGACCCUGGAAAUUGGGUCACGAGUGGCUGUCAAUAAAUGUUUCUGAGCUUGCUCA